AUGGGGAACCUCCUCAUCUUCGCCGUCACCGCCCUCGACCAGAGCCUCCACACCAUCAUGUACUUCUUCCUCAGACUCUUUCUGGUGGUCUUGUUUGCUGCCUCGGAGCUGUCCCUGCUCACGGCGAUGUCCUAUGACCGCUACGUGGCCAUCUGCCGCCGUCUGCACUACGAGGUUCUCCUGGACCGAAGGGCCUGUGGGAAGAUGGCGACCGCCUCCUGGUUCAUUGGGGGGCUAUUCGGAGCGAUGUACACAGCAGGAACGUUUUCCCUAAGCUUCUGCGGACUCCACGAGGUCCAGCAGUUCUUCUGUGAUGUCCACUCCUCUUGGCCGGCCUCCGGGAGCCGGGCCAAAGCCUUCUCCACCUGCCUGCCUCACCUCAUCGUGAUCACCACCUUCCUCUGUACGGCCGUCUCCUCCUACCUCAAGCCCAUGUCUGACUCCUCCUCAACUCUGGAGCCGCAGGUUUCCGUGGUCUACACCAUGGGUCAUCGUCGACCGAGGGUGCUGCGUAAAAAUGGCUGCUGCCUGCUGGCUCAGCGCACGGGACUGUUUGGGGCAAUGUAUACAGCCGGGCCAUUCUCCUUAGGCUUCUGCAGACUCCACGAGGCCCAGCAUUUCUUCUGUAAUGUCCGCUUCCUGCUGAAGGUCUCUCACCUGCUGGUGUCCGUGUACUACACCGUGUUGGCCCCCUUCCUGAACCCCCUCAUCUACAUCCUGAGGACCCGGGACAUGGAAGUUGCCCUGGGGAGGAUUCUUAGGGGGCAUCCAUUCCUCCACUUCCACACUCUUCCCUGA